CGCUCUCGCCGACCGCGGCUCCACGACCAGCCCGACGGCCGCCCCCACGGGCGCGCCGACCUCGGCUCCCACGACCAGCCCGACGGCCGCCCCCACGGGCGCGCCGACCUCGGCUCCCACGACCAGCCCGACGGCCGCCCCCACGACCAGCCCGACGCCCGCGCCGUCCCCCCCGUCCCCCACCGGCUACGGCUACGGCGAUGACGGCUACGGCUACGGCUACGGCGGUUACGGCUACGGCGACGACGGCUACGGCGAUGAUGGCUACGUCUACGGCGAUGACGGCUACGGCUACGGGGGGUCGGUCUCUCCGACGCCCGCGCCGUGGAUUCAGCGCGGCGACGACAUCGACGGCGAGGCCGCGGACGACUGGUCGGGCUACUCGGUGUCGCUGAGCGCGGACGGCACGACGCUGGCCGUCGGGGCGCCCUACAACGACGGCGCCGGCUCCAACGCGGGCCACGCGCGCGUGUUCGCGUGGGACCCCGUCGACGAGACGUGGAAGCAGCGCGGCGACGACAUCGACGGCGAGGCCGCGGGCGACGAGUCGGGCAGGUCGGUAUCGCUGAGCGCGGACGGCGCGACGCUGGCCGUCGGGGCGGUCUACAACGACGGCGCCGGCUCCAGCGCGGGCCACGCGCGCGUGUUCGCGUGGGACUCCGACGACGAGACGUGGGUUCAGCGCGGCGACGACAUCGACGGCGAGGCCGCGGGCGACCGGUCGGGCUACUCGGUGUCGCUGAGCGCGGACGGCACGACGCUGGCCGUCGGGGCGGUCUACAACGACGGCGCCGGCUCCAGCGCGGGCCACGCGCGCGUGUUCGCGUGGGACUCCAACGACGAUACGUGGAUUCAGCGCGGCGACGACAUCGACGGCGAGGCCGCGGGCGACGAGUCGGGCAGGUCGGUAUCGCUGAGCGCGGACGGCGCGACGCUGGCCGUCGGGGCGGUCUACAACGACGGCGCCGGCUCCAGCGCGGGCCACGCGCGCGUGUUCGCGUGGGACUCCAACGACGAUACGUGGAUUCAGCGCGGCGACGACAUCGACGGCGAGGCCGCGUUCGACCAGUCGGGCUACUCGGUGUCGCUGAGUGCGGACGGCACGACGCUGGCCGUCGGGGCGUCCGGGAACGACGGCGCCGGCUCCAACGCGGGCCACGCGCGCGUGUUCGCGUGGGACCCCGUCGACGAGACGUGGAAGCAGCGCGGCGACGACAUCGACGGCGAGGCCGCGGACGACCGGGGCUACUCGGUAUCGCUGAGCGCGGACGGCGCGAC